UCUGAGACAGGAACAGUCUUCUCUGGAGCUCUGGGAAGAAAGAAAUUAUUUGCAGGCUCACGUUCCUCCUUUCUCCAGAGAACAUCGAUGUUCAUGAUGGAUCAUCCCAAUAUGACCCACUCUGUCCUUGCUGCUGUCAGUCAUACCACUGAAAUGUCUACUACUGAGAAGAGUAGCGGGAAUGGAAAUGAAUACUUCUAUAUCCUGAUUGUUAUGUCCUUCUAUGGAGUCUUUCUCUUGGGAAUAACACUGGGCUACAUGAAAUCCAAGAGGAAAGAAAAGAAAUCCAAUUUGCUGCUGCUUUACAAAGAUGAAGAGAGGGAGUGGGGCCAAGCCAUCAAACCUCUGUCAACCAUCUCAGACUUGAAGUCAUUGCAGAUCCCAAUGAUGCUGAACAUGCUGCAGGAGAGCAUGGCCUGCACCCUCUGCUCCAUGGAAGGGAGCAGUGUGAGCGAGUCUUCAUUGCCAGAUGUUCACCUCACAAUCCAAGAGGAAGCAGCUGAUGCAGACCUGGGGGAAAUGCCUGAAGCACCCUUUUUGAAUGGCAGUAGUGAGGGGUCUUCAGAAAGCAUCCACCAAAGUUCCUAGCAUUUGCAGGUAUUCAGGAGGCAGCAUUUUCUGAAACAGCAGAUUACUGGUUUUGCCUCCUACUUUGAUAAUUUAUUCACCAGAGAUGAAAGGGUGGCCUAUGUAAUGCUGGAAGCAGGAAGGAGAGGUAACAAACAUGGAUGCUACUGAGCAAGUCAUUGUAAUGUAUAAGGGAUUGCCCUUUUAAAUAAAGAAAAGGGUAAAUAUUUCUUUAAAAGAAAAUAGUAGUUUACAUAGCCUUUGCUUUCUCUAGAAUCUUGCAAGUGUCUGGGAGACAGAGGCAAGCACCAGAAUAUCAGCAGCUAGCCCAAUGGAUUUGUGAUUGUAUUUCACUACAUAAAAUGACAGUAUUCUUCAAGGAGCACUUGCAGACAAAAAGUGACAUCAUAGAGAUGUGGUCAUCAAGAGGAGGGAUUAUGAAGUACAAUGGGCUAGCCAUACAUGGCUGCAAGACAUCUGUAAAUCAUAAGCUUGCAAAAGGAUACCUGAGUAGAAUUUGCUUUUGGGGUCAAGGACAAAUGAAGAAAUGAAGCUGCAUCUGUUUCCACCGGCAGAGACUGUGUUCACAAUUUGUGGGGUUACUCAUCCUUCUUUUAUUUUAAGCUGCCAUUUUGAAAGAAGCUCAGUAAAGUAAAGGAAGCUUUCUUUUGAGGGUAUAGGUCAGGGCAGCUUUGCAUCAUUCAUCUUGCAUGUGGGGCAUGUAUUUGUACAGAUUGGCCUUUUUUUUUUUGUCGGGAGGACUUUUGCUCCUUUUCAUUUGCUUUUGUAAUUCUAUCUGCUUAGCACUCCUCUUUGGAUGGGACAGGGGUCUCAAAAAUUAAAAUAACUGCUAUAACUGUGGCUUGCUAAUUCAGAUGGAACAUCAGACAGUGGAAAACUUGUACUGACUGGGGAAGGUCACUGAUUCCUCACUCCCUGUGAUUCCUUUAUGCUGUUCCUGGGGUCCCCCUUCUUCAGGAACAGCAUCUGGGGGGCCAUUUUGUGCUGCAGCAGGAGGCAGAAGUGUUCUGCUUAUGGAUAUACCUUCUUUUAGCAGAAAUUUUACACAGGAUCCAGCUAGUUUGUGGGUUAUCAAUAGUGUCACCAACUGACUGGAGAAAAAUGUCUCAUCCCUUUAAUAGAGACUUAACAGUUUGUGAUUUACCAGGUGAUACUGUUUACCUCCAUGUGGUGAAAACCUUCAGCUGCCCAGUUCCUUACAUUAAGCCUCUAUUCAAGGGACAGGAUGUUGACUAUUCUAUCAGAUGUGGCAUGAAACCACAGGUAAGCUUUUUCAGCUAUGGUUUGGUGUGCUGUAGGAAUUGAGUUGCUGUGGUUUUUUCACUAAUGCUCGUGCAUUGCACAAUUAAACCACAAUUAAACUAUUGCACAAUAGUCAUCAAAGCUAUAACACUGAAGAAGAGAAUUACUUCCACCAUGCCUUGCAUUUGACAAGACUGCCAAUGUUUGGAUUGCUUUUGCAAGCAUGAGAACAGAAAUGCUGCCAAAAUGCCUGAGUUUUUAAAGCUAAAAUAGCCUGGGGACAUAUUCAUGCCCAUUAAAACUUGGGAUACAGUCUGGGAAAAUGGCAUGGGCAGUGUUGAGGCAUGAAUGCGGCAAAUGUUCCCCUUCCACUUUCCAUUUUAAGGCUUCAGCUCCAAGUUCCAUCAAAAUGGGACUAUUCUAAUGCCAUACAGGAACUGUCUCUUUUUUUUUUCUGGAGUCACGGAGAUUACUAUGUCUAGUUGGAAGGCUUGAUUGUUCUCUGAGGUCCAACUGCAAAUCCCACUGGAGAACAUGGGACUGAGCACAAGCUUUGGGUUACUUUGUUCCAAGAGGAGCUGCUUUAAGUUUUCCAAGAUGCCAAAUUUAUAUUUGGCAUUUUGCCUGGAGUCACUUGAAUCCUGAAACUUUCCAACUGAGACUGAUGUGUGACCUGUUACAUUUCCCCGUUUUCUUUCUUUUGUUUUAAUACAAAUGCCGGUGGUGACUCUUUUUUCCCCUUUCAAAGACAGACAGUUUUGCAUAUACCUUUGAUACCAAGCUGUAUAUAUUUGUCUGGUAUAUUUAAUGUUAACUGUUCCUUUCUGAUGACACUGAACUUAUUUAAAUAAAGCAAUCAUUGUUCUGUG